AAUAAAUAGACUUUGAUCUAUUACUGUAAUCUAAUCUUACCCCUCUACUUUUCGCGGGGUAUAAAUAUGUGUGUCAUAUGAUAAGAUACCAAGUUGUAUUUUCAUCAUGUAUAUCAAAACACUAUUGGCUACUCUCUUUUUAGUGCAUGCUGCCGUGGCACGUCUGCAUUGUUAUGAAUGCGACAGCUCAAAGGGCCACACUAACUGCCAAAGUGGAUCGGGAAUAGAUAAGGUUGAAUGUGAAGAACCACCUCAGGAUGCAGGGCAACUAUGCGUUGCGUAUUCGGAAAAUGUGAACGGGGUGACUAAAUAUGUAAGAGAAUGCGCCAUUGAGGGGGCCACUGCCGAUUACCAGACCAUUCCACUUUGCCCAUCCAUGAAAGAGGAAGGUCGAGACCUUCCCAAGUGUGAAACUUGUGGAGGAAAUUAUUGUAACGAUGCGCCUCUUUAAAAGGUCACUUGUCAAAUUGAUAGGAUUAAUUAAAUAAACUCCGUCAAAGAUUA